CGCCGGCGGCCGCCGCAGCCGUGAGGUCCCGUUGCUCGCAGGGGGAAGAAGCGGCAAGACGGAGCAGGGGGGGAAAAAACCUCCGGAGCUGCCCCCGAACAGGAGGAGGAGUCUCGGCGCCAGGCCCAGGCGCGGCACCGGCGGCAGCAUGGAGAACUCGCAGCUAUGUAAGCUGUUCAUCGGCGGGCUGAACGUGCAGACUACGGAGGCCGGGCUGCGGGAGCACUUCGCGGCCUACGGCACCCUCACCGACUGCGUGGUCGUGCUCAACCCGCAGACCAAGCGCUCCCGAUGCUUCGGCUUCGUCACCUACUCGGCGGUGGAGGAGGCGGACGCCGCCAUGGCCGCGUCCCCCCACGCGGUGGACGGGAACGCGGUGGAGCUGAAGCGGGCCGUGUCCCGGGAGGACUCGGCCAAGCCCGGCGCUCACGCGAAGGUGAAGAAGCUCUUCGUGGGCGGCCUCAAAGGGGACGUGGGCGAAGGGGACCUGGUGCAGCACUUCAGCCAGUUCGGCCCCGUGGAGAAGGCCGAGAUCAUCGCCGACAAACAGAGCGGGAAAAAGCGCGGCUUCGGUUUCGUCUACUUCCAGAACCACGACGCCGCCGAUAAGGCGGCCGUGGUCAAGUUCCACCCCAUCCAGGGCCACCGAGUGGAGGUCAAAAAGGCCGUGCCCAAGGAGGACAUCCAGGCGGGCGGGGGAGGCGGCGGCUCUUCCAGGCCCUCCCGGGGAGGCAGAGGAGGAAGGGGCCGGGGCGGCGGCGGCUCCGGCAACCGGGAUCACAACGGGCUUUCCAAAGGAGGCGGCGGCUACAACAGCUACGGCGGCUACGGCGGGGGAGGAGGCGGCGGGUACGGCUCCUAUGGCAGCGGUUCCUACGGAGGCGGCGGCGGAGGGGGAGGCGGCGACUACGGCAACGGAUAUGCAAGAUAUUAGGCAUGUAAUUCCUGCUGAUUCCAGUGAAAGGUUAAAUGUGUAGGGCUUGGUGCUUCUGGGCUGAAGGACUUCACAUGAGGUUUCAAGGUAUUGUUACUAUUUGUUAUCAAUCUAACUUGAUGAUUUAAAUUGAAAUGAGCUUUCUUGCUAUUAGAAGUGAAACUGCAUCACCUUAAUUGCCUUUGUGAGCUUAAACAAACAGGACAACCUUUUGGUAUCAUCAGGGUUUAAACUAAGAGCUGAGUUUCCUCCUGAUUGUGGUCAUUACAGCUCUUAUGGGGAGACUGGUUCUCAUUGGCUUAGCUGAGCUUUUAUAGAUAGGUUCCAAAUAACUCACUGUUUGCAAUUAUAUUGUA